UGACGAUCAGUGAUGUUAAUACUUGUUUCGUAAAUUCUUUAGUGAAGUAAAAAUGGUAGCUGGUCCUACAGAACAUGGCUUACAAGCCGAUGUAAUAUUUGUAAUUGAAGGAACAGCUGUUAAUGGAGCUUAUCUGAAUGACCUAAAAACAAAUUAUUUAAUUCCUACACUUGAAUAUUUCAGUCAAGGUGGUAUUGAGGACAGGGAAUAUGUUUCUGAGCAGAACAGUACAACAUUAUAUGGAAUAGUAGUAUACCAUGCUGCUGAUUGUUUACCAGCACCAUGUACAGAGACUUUUGGGCCAUAUGCAAAUCCUCAUAAGUUGCUGCUUGUGUUAGAUAAAUUAGAGUUGGUUGGAGGAAAGGGAGAAUCUUUUGCAAACAUUGGAGAAGGUCUUGCAACUGGUUUACAAUGUUUUGAAGAUUUGCAAUUACGACGCGAGCCGAAUACAGCAUCACAGAAACAUUGUAUUUUGAUUUGUAAUUCUCCCCCAUAUCAGAUAGUCAUACAGGAAUCAUAUAAAUUUGCUGGGCAUACUAUAGAACAACUGGCUUCACUUUAUCAGGAGAGAAACAUUAAUCUUUCCAUACUAUCACCUAGAAAAAUACCUGCAUUGUUUAAAUUAUUCGAAAAAGCUGGGGGAGAUCUGCAAUCAUCCCAGACCAAAAAUUACGCUAAAGAUCCGCGACAUUUAGUACUACUACGUAAUUACAAUUUGAAGGAAAGACCUGUUAGUCCUACAAUUGGAGGGGCUGUUCAUAAUACACCGGGUACAGCUGCACAAAUUCCACUGAGUCCAUUGCAGAGUAAUGACAGUCCAAAUACAAAUCAAGUUCAACAAAAUAUCACUCAACCAAGUCAGCCUCAAGGUCCACCAUUCAGAAAUCAAACUCCGCAGAAUAUUACUUCAGUUCAUCAACCAGUGGUACCAAUGGCAGCCGCUAUGAACGCUGGACGGCCUCCUUACAAUCCUCAGAUAUCUGCUCCGCCGACUUAUCACCCUACAAGUGUAGCAGCAAGAGCAGGUCAUACUAGAUGGAGACCGUUUGUAACACCAGGAACUACUGGUCCAGCAAACACACAAAGUAGUGCUUUAAUAGCACAAUUAAACCAACCACCUCCGUCCAUGGGACUCAAUGUAUCUCAGUUUGGACAAAGGAUGGAUGUUGCGAAUACCAAUGUUAUGACUGCUAACGCACAACAACAACAACAACAACAACAGCAGCAACAACAACAACAAUUGACUCAACAACAACAACUGAGAUUAACGAUGCAGUUGCAGCAGCAACAGCAGCAACAACAACAGCAAAACGUUCAACAGCAGGGUUCGAUGCCUAUAACAGCGCAACCAACUCAUGGACAGGCUGGUCCACAACUUACAGUAUCAUGUGUGAGCCAGUCUGUGCCCACUCAAGUACCGCAAACAGUUACCGCUUCUCAGACACAGGCAUCCGCAUCUUCAGUGUCUCAACAACAGCAAGUAACACAUUCUCAAACACAGGGUAAUGUACCAGCUGGUUCAGUAGGACCAGGACCACAAAUUAGCACACCACGUGAGAGACAGACCAUAUGGCAAGGUAUCAUUGAAUGGGUUGAAAAAGCUAAAACCCCCGCGGAUGCACAAAAACAAACCAGACAUCUUCCUUGCCAAGUUUCUGCGAACUCCAAAGAUGGAGAUCCAGAAUUGAAAGCUGACACAUGGCCACAAAAGCUAAUUAUGCAGCUAAUGCCUAAACAGUUAAUAGGAAAUAUUGGUGGAUCUUAUUUAAAAAAUUCUAAAUCCGUUCUGUUUCAUCCAACACCUUGCGAAGCACUCGAAUCAUUAACGAAAGUUAUGAAUUCCGGAUUUGCAGGUUGUGUCCAUUUUACAUUUUUGCAAGCAACAGCGGCUUGUGACAUAAAAGUACUUAUUCUUCUUUAUACGGCUGAGAGAAGAACGUAUUUAGGAUUCAUUCCGAACGAUCAGACAGGUUUUGUAGAUCGUCUUCGGAAAGUAAUUCAACAGCAAAAGACAUCGCAUGCUUCCAUGAGGCAAGGACAAGCCGGGGCUGCUCAAGGAAAUGCAAUAACUGGUCCAAUGCCUACUACAGGCACUUCGCAAGGAGGUAUUCUUAUGUCACAAACAAAUACUAUAGCUAUGGGAGGAGGACAAAUAACGCAAAAUGUGGUCUCAUCAAAUCCUCAACAACAAACAUUAACUUCAUCUGCAGGUCCGCAGAAUCAAAUAAAUAUGCAGAGUGGUGGUAUUACUGGUCCCCAAGUGGCUCCAGCUUCUGGUACGAUGAUAGGACAGCAAAGACCACAAUUUGAUGACAUAGAAAUAGCUAGGCAUCAAAAUUUAUUAAAAAUUCAACAACUACGGCAAACGUUAGAAGCUGCGCAGCAACAGGAGGCGCAAUAUAAGUCGCAACUGGAAGUAAAUAUUCAACAGAAUCUAGAAGUAGCACAGCAACAGGAAAUGCAAUAUAAACAACAGUUGGAGGCUCAACAAGCACAAAGAGCUCUCAAUCCUGCUGGUAUGACGAAUCAACAAGCAAAUGCUCCCAGAUUGAUGCGGCCCGUUUCAAACAUGGGUCUUAGACACUUGUUGCAACAACCACAACCACCAUAUAGGCAACAAGUACUUGGAUUACAACAACAAAUGGUUGGUCCUAGAGGACAAAUGACAACAAGACCCAUGGCGCCCGGCAAUCCACAGAAUCAACAAUUCGAGGACGUAUCGAAUUAUGACUUUCUUGGAUAA